AUGUCUCUCGAGGCGAAGAUCAGGGACACCUCAGAGCGCAACGUGGAGCUGCUGAACAUCCUCCACCAGACCGACAGCUCUGUCCCAGACCUCGAGGCCCAGAAACGCCAUGUCGCCGACCUCGAGAAGCAGGUGGCACAGGCAGCCGAGAGGCUGAAGCAGAUCGGCUACAGGCGCAAGCAGGAGCUCAGGGAGCACGAGAAGUACCGCGACAGCGUCCUGCGGCGCUUCGCCUUCAAGGUGGGCGGCAAGGCGGAGAAGUUCGAGGCCCGGGCCGCCAAGGAGGAGCGCGAGUACUUUGACGUCCUGCAGGAGGAGCACCAGGCCGACGUCAUGAAGAAGAACCUGGACGAGAUGUUGGCUGAUGCGAGGACGCUGCACGGCGAACUGGAGAUCAGGGCGGCCACGCACGUCCAGGCGCAGAACGAUCUAGAUAGACUGUACGAGUCCAUCUUCACGGGCCCGUCGCCUGGGUUCCCGGAAGAGGAUGAGCGGGAGCGGGAAACGAGCAAUGCACUGCAGAUCUACAAGGAGGCCCGGUCACGGGCAGAGGCGGAAGGAAAGGUGGUCAGCAUCCUGACACAGGCGCAGACGCGGCUGAAUGGCGCCCUGAUGUCGAUGGAAGACGCCCUGCACGCGUCUAGGAGGGAUAUGUAUGGAGGUGGCACUUUUUCAGACAUGAUGGAGCGGAACGCACUCAACAAGGCCGAGAACCUGGUGCGGCAGGCGAAGAUGCUCGUGACCCAGGCACAAGCGGCCUCCCCUAUGGUCCGCCCUCUGCCGCAGGUCAAAAUAGCACAGGGGAACUUGCUCGGCGACGUCUUUUUUGACAAUAUCUUCUCUGACAUGGCGUUUCAUGAGAAGAUCCAGCAGUCAAACUUGGAGGUCCGGCACUGCUCACAGUCCCUGAACAUUGAUUUAAUGUCGGCGACACAGCGGCACAUGGAGUUGUUGCAUGAGACAGACCAGAAGAACGAGGUGGUAAGACAGGCGAGAUUAAGAUUGCAGAGAGCACGAGAAGCAGCGUUUCAGAGGAUCACUGGCCGGGUAGCAUCUUCGUCUCCGCCAGCGGACGUACCGCCUCCUGAAGGGCCACCGCCUAGUUAUACAGAACGAGCUGAUCCGGCGGAAAAUUGGUGGGAGAACUAG